AUGUUCCCAUGUUAUUGGCUAGCACCUUUGAGUUGGAGCUUUUUGUUUCUAGAGUUAGAAAGUUUGAUGCGUAAAGAUUUAUACGGACAGCAUCUUGCGCAGCAGACCGUUUUAGGGGCGAUAAGCUCACAUUGGAAUAACAGGCUAGUAUUUCAGCCAGGUUGUUUCAAAAGUCCAAAGAAAGCUCUAGCUAUAUCAUUCCAUGGCUGGACUGGUUCUGGUAAAACGUAUCUUUCAACCAUGAUUGCUGAAAGCAUGAAAGGAAUGAAAAGUGCUUACGUUCACAUGUUCGUGUCAACUCUUCAUUUUGCUGAUUUUCGUAGAGUUGUUGAUUAUCAGAAUGAACUUAAGGCAUGGAUUCAUGGUAAUGCGUCCUUGUGUGAAAGGAAUUUGUUUAUUUUUGACGAGGUUGACAAAAUGCCCUCGAAAGUAAUGGAUGUUAUCAAACCGUUUAUUGAUCACUAUGAUAGCUUAGAAGGAGUUGAUUAUCGCAAAAACAUUUUUAUCUUUCUUAGCAAUUCGGGAGGGAAUGAAAUUGCUCAAAGAACAUUACAACAUUACAAUGCAGGUAAGAUGCGUGAGCAAAUCACACUGGAAGAAAUGGAAAGAGUUCUGAUUCAAGAAGCUUUUAAUAGCGAAGGUGGUUUGAAAACUAGUGAAUUGAUCUCUCGACACCUUAUUGAUCAUUUUGUUCCUUUCUUGCCCUUAGAAAGGAAGCAUAUUCUCUUAUGUAUUCGUGACUAUUUGAGGUCACAAGGUUACACUGUUACAAAUGAACGGAUUACCGAUAUUGCUGAGACUUUGCAAUACUUUCCGAAAUCAAAUGGAAUAUAUUCUUCUUCUGGAUGCAAGCGGGUAGCUCAGAAAGCGGAACUUUAUAUGUCAAAAGAAAUGGCAGAAGGACAGGAAUUCUCUGAUGAUCUAUAA